GCGGUCUGGAGCUCGUCGCAGGCGUGUGUCGUUGUGUCGGGGAAAAAGUGCCCGGAAAAACCCCGAGAAAAUUCGUUUGUGGAAAUUGCAAAAGCUUGACUAUAAAAUAUUGAUAUGAAAUAUUGAAUGAAAAUACCCACUUAACUUUGAGGAAUCACAACAACCGCCAUCGAUCGUUACAUGGUUUAUCUAUCGUGAGGUGUAAUUUUUCUCCGUGUCACCCAAUCCUGUCCUGUCAAUCGGCUUCCCUUCACAUUGCAUACUUUUAUGGCCACGUCCUUGGCAGGAUAAGAGGAUGAGGUGGAGUGUGUUGUGUGUGUGUGUUUGAGAGGCAAAAAAAGAUACAAAAUGCGAGCAAAAGUGAGGCCAAUAAAAAGGCGAUAAAAUUGACGCCGAUACAGGAGAGAGCAGGAGCAGGGACAGGAGCAGGGACAGGAGCAGGAGCAGGGACACGACCAGGAGUGAAGGAAAGGAGGAAGCGAUAAGCGUAUCCUGUCGGCAGAGUGCAUAAAAAGGCGAUAUAUAUUCCCGUAUUCCGUAUUCCCAGUCCGGUGUGUCCUGUGUGUCCUCGCUGCAGCCUCCGAUAGCCGGCCGAUUCAAAUGCCUUGCGGUGAUUAAUGGGCCAUUGGCCAUUGCCAACGGGAUGCGCAUAAUUCACCAGGCCAGAAGAUACGGCCCCUGCCAAUGGCUGGCCAUGGGUCUGGGCCUAUUCCUGGCUUUGGCCUGGACCACGGCAGCGGCAGCUGGAGCCAUGGAGUCCUCGGCAGAGCUCCAGGCUCUGGGCUACAGCGAGGCAAUUAAGGUGCCAGGUGCCGUCUCAAUUAGCACCGAACGACCGAAACCCGGAGCAGGAAUAGGAGCAGGAGCAGCACAACAACAACAACAACAUCCCCACGAGAGGCCCUUGGCCCAACGCUCCGAAUGGAAGCACAAACGGACGAAAGUCAAGCGCCGUCAGCAGCGCCUCAACUCGCAGCACAGCAAUCUCCCCGGGAGCAGCGCCUCCAAUGCCACCUCUCAUUACCAUCACCACUACAGCAGCAACUACAACAAUCCCUUGCCGGCCAACCUGCCGCCCCGGCAGCGCUACCUGAAGGUCAACCAGGUGUUUGAGAGCGAGCGCCGCAUGUCCCCCGACGAGGUGGAGCGCAAUCAUGGCAAGAUUGUUCUGCUCGGCCUCUUUGAGCUCUCCACGUCACGCGGACCACGGCCGGAUGGCCUCAGCGAGUUGGGAGCGGCCACCAUGGCCGUGGAGCACAUCAACCGCAAGCGUUUGCUCCCGGGAUACACCCUGGAGCUGGUCACCAAUGACACGCAGUGCGAUCCUGGAGUGGGCGUGGAUCGGUUUUUCCACGCCAUUUACACACAGCCGUCGACGCGGAUGGUGAUGCUGCUGGGAUCGGCCUGCUCGGAGGUCACCGAAAGCCUGGCCAAGGUGGUGCCCUACUGGAACAUUGUGCAGGUCUCCUUUGGCUCAACAUCGCCGGCGCUGAGCGACAGGCGGGAGUUCCCCUACUUCUAUCGGACUGUGGCCCCGGAUUCUUCGCACAAUCCGGCCAGGAUUGCCUUCAUCCGUAAGUUUGGCUGGGGCACAGUGACCACCUUCUCGCAGAACGAGGAGGUGCAUUCCCUGGCGGUGAACAAUCUGGUCACCGAGCUGGAGGCGGCCAACAUUUCCUGUGCCGCAACCAUCACCUUUGCGGCCACGGACUUUAAGGAGCAGCUGCUGCUGCUCAGGGAGACGGACACGCGCAUCAUCAUAGGCAGCUUCUCGCAGGAGCUGGCACCGCAGAUCCUGUGCGAGGCCUACAGGCUACGCAUGUUCGGGGCGGACUAUGCCUGGAUUCUGCACGAGAGCAUGGGUGCUCCUUGGUGGCCAGACCAGAGGACAGCCUGCUCCAACCACGAACUGCAGCUGGCUGUGGAGAAUCUCAUUGUGGUGUCCACGCACAACAGCAUCGUGGGAAACAAUGUCAGUUACAGUGGACUGAACAAUCACAUGUUCAACUCGCAGCUGCGCAAACAGUUUGCCCAGUUCCAUGGCCAGGAUGUGGUCUCUGGAUUGGGUUCCAGGAUCAGUGCAACGCAACGUAGAAGACGUAGAAGAGGAGCUGGAGGCAGCAGCAGCAGCAGCGGCAGUGGCGGCGGUGGCGGAGGAGGAGGAGGUCACCUUUUCCCGGAGGCCAUCUCGCAGUAUGCUCCGCAGACCUACGAUGCAGUUUGGGCCAUUGCCUUGGCCCUGAGAGCCGCCGAGGAGCACUGGCGACGCAAUGAGGAGAAAUCGAAGCUAGAUGGCUUUGAUUACACGCGCAGCGACAUGGCCUGGGAGUUUCUCCAGCAGCUGGGCAAGCUGCACUUCUUGGGAGUAUCGGGUCCCGUUUCCUUUAGCGGCCCAGAUCGCGUGGGCACCACUGCCUUCUACCAAAUCCAGCGCGGCAUGCUGGAGCCCGUGGCCCUCUACUAUCCGGCCACGGACGCCCUGGACUUCCGGUGUCCCCGCUGCCGGCCGGUGAAGUGGCACAGCGGUCAGGUGCCCAUUGCCAAGCGGGUGUUCAAGCUGCGGGUGGCCACCAUUGCGCCGCUGGCCUUCUACACCAUUGCCACGCUCUCCAGCGUGGGAAUAGCGCUGGCCAUUGCCUUUCUCGCCUUCAAUCUGCACUUUCGGAAGCUCAAAGCAAUUAAACUUUCCAGCCCCAAGCUGAGCAACAUCACCGCAGUGGGCUGCAUCUUUGUGUACGCCACCGUCAUCCUGCUGGGUUUGGACCACUCGACGCUGCCCUCGGCGGAGGACUCCUUCGCCACGGUCUGCACGGCACGCGUCUAUCUGCUCUCCGCUGGUUUCUCUCUGGCCUUUGGUUCGAUGUUUGCCAAGACCUACAGAGUCCAUAGAAUCUUCACCCGAACUGGUAGCGUUUUCAAGGAUAAGAUGUUGCAGGACAUUCAGCUGAUACUGCUCGUCGGAGGCUUGCUCCUGGUGGAUGCCCUACUGGUGACACUCUGGGUGGCCACCGAUCCCAUGGAGAGGCAUCUCCACAAUCUGACGCUGGAGAUAAGUGCCAUCGAUCGCAGUGUGGUCUAUCAACCUCAGGUGGAAGUAUGUCGCUCGCAGCACACUCAGACCUGGCUAAGUGUCCUCUACGCCUACAAGGGCCUCCUGCUUGUGGUGGGCGUUUACAUGGCCUGGGAGACACGCCACGUCAAGAUCCCCGCCCUGAACGACUCGCAGUAUAUCGGGGUCUCUGUCUACAGUGUGGUCAUCACCAGUGCCAUUGUCGUUGUCCUGGCCAACCUGAUUUCAGAGCGUGUGACCCUGGCCUUCAUCACCAUAACAGCCCUGAUCCUGACCAGCACUACGGCCACGCUGUGCCUGCUCUUUAUACCCAAGCUCCACGACAUUUGGGCAAGAAACGACAUCAUUGAUCCCGUGAUCCACAGCAUGGGCCUGAAAAUGGAGUGCAAUACACGACGCUUCGUGGUGGACGAUCGCCGGGAGCUGCAGUACCGCGUGGAGGUGCAGAACAGGGUCUACAAGAAGGAGAUUCAGGCCUUGGAUGCGGAGAUACGCAAGCUGGAGCGUCUGCUGGAGUCUGGACUGGCCACCUCCACCACGACCUCAUCCUCCACCUCUCUGCUGACCGGAGGGCAUCUCAAGCCAGAGCUGACGGUCACCACGCAGAUUCCCUUGCCAAGUAAAUCGCGAACGCCCAGCAUUUCGGGCAUUCUGCCCAACCUGCUGUUGUCUGUGCUGCCACCGGUGAUUCCCCGGGCCAGCUGGCCCUCGGCGGAGUACAUGCAGAUCCCAAUGCGUCGCUCGGUGACCUUUGCCUCACAGCCACAGCUGGAGGAGGCUUGCCUGCCCGCCCAGGAUCUAAUCAAUCUUCGGCUGGCCCACCAGCAGGCCACGGAGGCCUCCAAGACGGGCCUGAUCAACCGGCUGAGGGGCAUCUUCUCGCGCACCACCUCCAGCAACAAGGGCUCCACGGCCAGCCUGGCCGAUCAGCAGCAGCAGAAGGGCCUGAAGGCGGCCUUCAAGUCGCACAUGGGUCUGUUUACCCGCCUGAUUCCCUCCUCGCAGACCGCCUCCUGCAAUGCCAUCUACAAUGCACCCAUCCAGGGCAGCGGCUCCUCUGAGGUGACUCCCCUGGACUCCACACACUCGAAUGGCAAUCAUCUGAAGCCCAUUCACCGGGGCUCGCUAACUAAGAGUGGCACCCAUCUGGAUCACCUGACCAAGGACCCCAACUUCCUGCCCAUUCCCACCAUUUCGGGGGGAGAGCAGGCUUCGGUGGCUUCAGGGGACCAGCAGCAGCAACCAGGAAAGUUUGUAAAGCUGCUGGAGACCAAGGUGAACUUUCAGCUGCCCAGCAAUAGGCGGCCCUCGGUGGUGCAGCCUGUGCCUAGCUUGAGGGAGCGGGUUAGGGGCUCGCCGCGCUUUCCCCAUCGCAUCCUGCCGCCCACCUGCAGCCUGAGUGCCCUGGCCGAAUCCGAGGAUCGUCCCAUCGAGAGCAGUCCCUCCAUAGUGGGCAGCUGCAAGUCCAUACCCAGGAUCUCACUGCAGCAUGCCACCAGUGGCGGCACCUGGAAGUCCAUGGAGACGGCGGCCAAGUCCAGGCUGUCGCUGGGGGACUCCCAGGAGGAGGAGCAGCAAGUAAAGGUUGAGGCUUUGCCACUAAACGGCCUGGAUUAGGUAUAGAGAGCCCUCGUAAGUCCAUGUCCACGUCAAAAUCCUCGUCCAAGUCCUCGUCAAUUAGAAGCGAAACACCAAGCAAUUAUCUCCCGCCCGCCCCAGAGGAAUCCCCGCCAGCAGAGCGCGUGGGCAACUGACCAAUCAUCAGCUUAAAGCAAUCAAACGCAUUAGGGUAAAUCGCUAGAUAAGUCACGAUAGGAAUGAAUACCCCAACUUUCUGGUCACGCAGAAAUUACACGCAGAGAAAAACCCCCGAAAGAGUAGCAAUUGAAUUUACAAAGUAAAGUAAGAAACUUAGAGCCAAAUCAUCUAGUUAUUUGUGUGUUGAGUCUUUGUAUUUAAAUAUGGGAAUAGUUUUAUAAAAACUAACAUCAAUCAGCCAGUAUUCCGCUUGAAAAGAUAUCUUAGGAACAACUUAAAACUCUCGAUGCCAAAUUUAGUAUUUUAGAGGUUUUUUUUUAGGAAAACGUAUAUUUUUUGUUGAGAGUAUUGGGUUUA